UACCUGUGGCUGGACGAGUGGAGCUCUUCAGUCUUCUGGUUCUUAGACACAUUUCCCUCAACAGAUCAAAUCCAAAGACCGGCUGCAUAUUCACUGAACAUGGAUAUAGGAGAAGCGGAAGAUGAAAUUCAGUUUCUGCGAACUAGGGAUGAGCUGGUACUGAGGUGUUGCUCAUCAGGCCCUCAUCAACAGAAACUGUGUUUAGCUGCAGAAGGUUUCGGUGACCGGCUGUGUUACCUUGAGUCCACGUCCAACUCAAAGAAUGUUCCGGCAGACCUUUCUGUGUGCGUGUUUGUUCUUGACCAGUGUCUGUCAGUCCGAGCGCUGCAGGAGAUGCUGGCCAACCAUGAAGACCAGCAUGCAGGGUCACGUGAGGCAGCUGGGCGUCGUACUUUGCUUUAUGGCCAAGCAGUUCUCUUUCGACAUGCCUACAGCGACAUGUAUCUUUGCUGUCUGUCCGCAUCAGGCCUUUCCUCUGACAAACUGGCUUUUGAUGUUGGCUUGCAGGAGGAUACAAAGGGUGAGGUGUGUUGGUGGACGGUUCAUCCUGCCUCCAAACAGAGGUCAGAGGGUGAGAAAGUCAGAGUGGGUGACGAUCUCAUCUUAGUUAGUGUUUCUUCUGAGAGAUACCUACAUGUGUCAUGGAGUAACGGUGAAGGUAAUGACAACGGCACUGGUCGGGUGGAUGCUGCUUUCCAGCAAACAUUAUGGAGUGUGGCUCUUGUUUCCACUCAGACUGUGGAGACGCAGGGUCAUGUGAGAGGAGGGGAUACUGUGCGUCUGCUACAUGGGCACACGGAUGAAUGUUUGACCAUUCACGCAGCUGAACACAGACGGGAGGAACGCAGAUCUGUCAAUUUUGAGGGAGGCUCGGUAUCUCUCCAGGCUCGAUCUUUAUGGAGGCUUGAAAUGUUACAUGUUGCGUGGAGUGGCAGCCACACUCACUGGGGUCAGCCUUUCCGUCUUCGCCACCUUUCCACCGGAUUGUACCUGGGACUCACUCAUGAUCGGGGACUACAGCUGGUGGAGAGAGAGAGAGCUGAUGUUAAAUGUACAGCGUUUUGUCUCCGUGCAUCAAAGGAAGUGAGCCAAGAGAGCUUGUACUUUAAAAAGAGAGAUGGCAUGGGCGCACCUGAGAUCAAAUAUGGAGACUCUCUUUGCUUCAUUCAGCAUGUUGACACAGGCCUUUGGCUCACAUAUCAGACCACUGACUCCAAGAGACAGAAGGAAAAUGUGCAGAGACAGGCUGUUUUGCAAGCAGAAGGUCACAUGGAUGAUGGAAUCACCCUUUCUCGCUCUCAGAGGGAGGAGUCACAAGCUGCUUGUUUAAUUCGAAGCUCUGCCCUUCUCUUCUCAAAAUUCAUUAGGGGAUUAGAUGAUGUCAGCCAAAAGGAACACAACACUGAAUUGGAUCUUCCAAUUGAGAUGGUCCGCCUGACCCUCAGAGAUUUGCUUGGUUAUUUUAAAUGUCCUGAAAUGGGGCAGGACCAUGAGGUCAGACAGGGAGAUAUUAGAGCACUGAAAAACAGACAAAAUCUUUUCCAAGAUGAGGGUAUAAUCACUCUGGUGCUGGACUGCAUCGAUCACUUGCAUGUGUACAACAGUGCUACUCAUUUUGCAGAGGCUGCUGGGAAAGAGGCAGGAGAGUCAUGGGAAAUGAUCUUGAACUCUUUUUAUGAGCUGCUAGCUGCCCUAAUCAGGGGUAAUAGGAAUAACUGUGCCCACUUCUCUGGUUCCUUGGACUGGCUGGUCAGCAGACUUGAGAAGCUGGAGGCUUCCUCUGGAAUAUUGGAAGUGUUACAUUGUGUUUUAUUAGAAAGUCCUGAAGCUUUGAACGUUAUUAAGGAAAGUCACAUAAAAUCUAUCAUCUCACUUCUGGACAAACAUGGAAGAAACCAUAAGAUUUUGGAUGUGUUGUGCUCACUCUGUGUGUGUCAUGGCAUGGCCGUCCGCUCUAAUCAGCAUUUGAUUUGUGACACACUGCUGCCAGAAAGAGACCUGCUGCUACAGACAAGACUGGUUAACCAAGUUUUCAGUGUUCGUCCAAACAUCUUCCUGUGUGCAAGGGAUGACUGCGCCCAAUACAGGAAGUGGUAUUAUGAGGUUGUAGUUGAAAAGGCGGAGCCUUUUGUGACAGCAGAGCCUACUCACUUGCGAGUGGGUUGGGCCAGCACUGAAGGGUACCAUCCCUCCCCCACAGGGGGUCACGGCUGGGGGUCAAAUGGUGUAGGAGAUGACCUCUGCUCUUACGGGUUUGAUGGACUCCAGCUCUGGACAGGAGGUGUAGGUCGGAGGGUCACCUCACCCAAUCAGCACUUGCUAAGGGAGGAUGAUGUCAUUAGUUGCUGCCUUGACCUUAGUUCAACCUGCGUCUCCUUCCGGGUCAAUGGACAGCCAGUUCAAGGCAUGCUGGAGAACUUCAAUGUGGAUGGGCUGCUGUUUCCUGUGGUCAGCUUCUCAGCUGGAGUGCAGGUGCGUGUGUUGUUUGGAGGUCGACAGGGGGAAUUUAGGUUUCUUCCUCCAGCUGGUUUCUCUCCAUGUGCUGAAGCUCUUCUCCCCAAAACCCGCUGUAAGCUGGAACUGUUUCACGAACUAACACAAAAUCACUCUGAAUGCCAACGUGACCUCUUAGGCCCUGUUGUACCUACAAGCCCAGUCACCUUUAUCCCCAUUCCAGUGGAUUCCAGUGAGGUUGAAUAUCCUCCACAGUUGGAGCAGAUCAAAGAAAGAUUAGCAGAAAACCUUCAUGAACUCUGGAUUAUUGACAAAAUAGAGCAGGGCUGGACCUACGGACCUGUUAAAGAUGAGAGCAAAAAAGUACACCCGUGUCUAGUUGAGUUUUCUAAACUUCCAGAUCAGGAGCGAAUUCAUAACCUUCAAUCAUCUGAGAAUAUCCUCAGGACUCUUCUGGCUUUUGGUGUCCAUAUUGGACUCUCUGACGAACAUGCUGAUGAGAAUGUGAAAUAUGUCCGCCUGUCAAAUAAGUAUGAGCUAUGGAAUGGAUAUAAACCAGCUCCAGUGGAUCAGUCCCGUGUUGCGCUAACAGCUUCUCAGGAAGAGUUGGUAGAGAAACUGGCUGAGAAUGAACACAACUUCUGGGCCAGAGAACGUAUCAGGCAGGGCUGGAGCUGUGGACCACAGCAGGAUGUAAUGUAUAAGAGAAGUACUCAACUAGUGCCAUUUUCCCUGUUGGAUGAGAAGACUAAACAAACUGGUAGAGAUGCUAUGAGGGACGCAUUGGGUACCCUUCUUGGGUUUGGAUAUACUGUGGAACCGCUGGAGCAAGAACAUGCUUCAAGUAUCAAUAUUAAGUCUGCGACAGCAGAGAGUUUUCGGAUUUUCCGGUUGGAGCAGCCUUUUGCAGUGCAUGAUGGAAAAUGGUACUUUGAGUUUGAGGCUGUAACUGAUGGAGAGAUGAAAGUGGGCUGGGCACGGCCUGGAUGUAAACCCGACGUAGAUCUUGGGUCAGACGAUCAGGCCUUUGUAUUUGAUGGUUCUAAGGGGCAGUGGUGGCAUGGCGGGGCAGAGCGAUUGGGUGGCCGUUGGAAGAAGGGGGAUGUAAUUGGCUGUUUGUUGGACCUGACUACAUGCACUAUGAUGGUUACUCUUAAUGGAGAGCUACUUCUAAACACUCGUGGUUCUGAACUGGCUGUAAAAGACUUUAAUAAAUCUGAUGGUUUUCUUCCUGUAUGUAGUAUAGGAAUCAACCAGGUUGGACGUUUAAAUUUGGGUCAUCAGAUUGACUCACUGAGAUACUUCAGUGUUUGUGGCCUACAUGAGGGAUACCAUCCCUUUGGUUUAAACAUGAGCAAAGAGAUACCGCUAUGGAUGAACUGGAGAGAGCCUUUGUUCAUUCCCAUACCCAAUGACCAUCCUAAUAUACAGGUGAUUCGUGUUGAUGGAACAGCUGACAACACCCCAUGUCUGAAAGUAACACAGACGUUUUCUGGUCAGCAGGAAAGGGGCACAAGCGAUGUUGGAUUUUACCGUCUGAGCAUGCCAAUUGAGUGUGCACAGGUUUUCUCUAGCCCCGGUGAGGUCAAUGUGCCACCCAGCAGCGGUGUGGCAUGCCACCUCAGAGAUCCAGAGGAAGGAGAAGCAGAUUCUGACUUUGAGUUACUGAUGAAAGCUCACAGAUACGCAGGAUCCAGAGAUGAACUCAAUAAUCACAAGGACCACAGUCAGGAAAAGCCAUCUAGACUCAAACAGCGGUUUCUGCUGAAGAAGAAACCAGAGUUAAACACCAGCCAUUCAUCAGCACGUCUGUUGGAGGAAGUGCUGGCCAUUGAGAAAGAUGAAGACAACCGCCUCGUUCAUUGCACCACGUAUUAUUACUCUGUGAAAAUCCCAUUCAGUCAAGAGCCCUCCUACAUUUGGGUCGGGUGGGUAACCUCUAAGUUUCACCAUCGUGAUGUGACCUUUGACCUGGACAGCAUUUGCACCGUCACAGUAACUCUUGGGGAUGAAUGGGGCAAAGUUCAUGAGAGUGUCAAGCGUAGCAGCUGUUACAUGGUGUGUGCAGCAGAGGGCAGUAGUUUAUCUCAUAGUCGCAGCAGCAGUGGUCUGGAGAUUGGAUGUCUAGUUGAUACAGCAACAGGCCUUCUGACAUUCACUGCUAAUGGCAAGGAGCUUGCAACAUACUACCAGGUGGAACCUGGAACCAAGCUUUUCCCUGCUGUAUUUGCUAAAGCCACAAGUUCUAAUGUUUUCCAGUUUGAGUUGGGACGUAUCAAGAAUGUGAUGCCAUUAUCAGCGGGAGUUUUUCGGAGCGAAAGACGAAAUGCAAAGCCUCAGUGCCCUCCUAGAUUGUGUGUUCAACACCUAACGCCUAUGCGGUGGACCCGAGUACCUGACCAUGCUCAGCCUGUGGAAGUGACCCGUCUGGAGGAGAGAUAUGGCUGGAGAGCUCGUUGCACUCAGAUACAACAGAUCAUGACACUUUAUAUACCUGAGGAGAACAGGUGUGUGGACAUUCUGGAACUGUCUGAACUGCGUGAUCUCCUGAAGUUCCAUGACCACACCCUUCGUCUCUACUCAGCCCUUUCAGCUCAUGGAAACACACAUGUUAGCCACGCCCUCUGCAGCCACGUGGACCAAUCACAACUCUUGUUUACCUUGCAGUGUUCUAGAAUGCCAGGCCACCUGCGGACAAGUUACUACAACCUUCUCAUCAACACCCACCUCGAUGCCCACGCCAGUGCCAGGCAGGCAAUGUCCCACGAAUACAUUGUGCCUGUGACGGACACCACACAGUCUAUAACGCUUUACAAAAACAAUAAGAAGGUGCAGAGAUUCCCGGGAAGUGACCUCGGCACUUCCUUAUGGCCAAGAAUGCGUUUUACAUCACCUUGCUUCAUUAGAGUUUAUAAAAUAAACGUGAUGGAUGGAGAUGAGGGUGGGGCUUUGUUGAGUGACAAGCACCAAGACAGCCCAGAGUUCCCAUUGGAUGUAUUAAAGGAUGUUGUCAUAGCAAUGUUGAAGGAGGCAGUGACAGCAAUAGGGCAGGGUGUGAGGGAUCCUGCAGGGGGAAGCAUAGAGCUCCUGCUGGUUCCCCUGCUGGGUUUACUUCACACUCUCCUGCUGAUGGGUGUGUAUCAGGGGGCAGAUCUGCAGGCCGUGUUUAGUCUCAUCCUGCCGGCUAGUUACAUGAGAGGAACAUGUAAAAUAGAAGGGAUGGAUGAACUGGAAGAGAAUGAUGGAGAAAGAGAGGAAAAAGAGGGUAGAGAUUGGGAGGAUAAUGUCCCUCAGCAAAGUCUUCUUCAGAUGAAGCUUCCAGAAGCUGUCAAAUUACAGAUGUGCCACCUUUUGAAGUACCUGUGUGACUGCCAGGUGCGUCACAGAGUAGAGGCUGUGAUGUCGUUCUCAGGUGACUUCGUAGGUCGUCUUCAAGAAAACCAGCGCUUCCGUUACAAUGAAGUUAUGGAUGCGCUUAACAUGUCUGCUUCCCUCACUGCACGCAAAACUAAAGAAUUCCGUUCCCCGCCUAAGGAGCAGAUAAACACGAUGUUGAGCUUCCGGGAAGAGUGUCAGGAAUGUCCAUGUCCAGAGGACAUCCAAGAUUUGAUGUGGGAAUUCCAUCAGGAUCUAAUGAGCCACUGUGGAUUGGAGAUAGACAGUGAUUCAGGGAAUGAGGAUGAGGACAACCAAUCAGUCAGAAAUCACCUUCAAAGCCUAGUGGAUAAAAUAAUUCAUUUAAAAAGGAGAAUGUCUGGCCUGCCUGAGGAGAUUGUAAACAAACCUGUCUCUCUACAGCAGCUGAUAUCAGAGACCAUGCUGCACUGGGCCCAGGAGGGGACGAUAGAAGACCCAGCUCUGGUGCGUGCUGUUUUCAGCCUGCUGCAUCAACAGUAUGCCAGCCUGGGAGGCCAGAUGUCUGCACCACUGCAGAAGGCUUACUGUAUCAGCCAGACGUCUGUGGAAGACACUCUGAACCUCCAGUGGGCUCUAGCACGCAUUCGUUCUUUGCUCACAGCCAGGAUGGGCAAAGAAGAGGAGGAACUCAUGAUCAGAGGACUAGGUGACAUCAUGAACAAUAAAGUUUUCUAUCAGCAUCCUAAUCUGAUGAGAACUCUGGGGAUGCAUGAGACUGUCAUGGAAGUUAUGGUGAAUGUCCUUGGUGCUAUAGAGUCUAAGGAAAUCAUGUUCCCUAAGAUGGUCGCGCACUGCUGUCGUUUCCUUUGUUAUUUCUGUCGAAUCAGUCGGCAUAAUCAGAAGGCCAUGUUUGAUCAUCUCAGCUACCUGCUGGACAACAGUAAUGUUGGGCUUGCUUCUCCCUCAAUGAGAGGUUCAACUCCUCUGGAUGUGGCGGCUGCUUCUGUCAUGGACAACAACGAACUGGCGCUUGCUCUGACAGAGGCGGAUCUGGAGAAACUGGUGCAGUAUUUGGGAGGCUGUGGGUUGCGAAGUUGUGCUCUGCUGGUCUCCAAAGGAUACCCAGAUAUUGGUUGGAAUCCUGUAGAGGGAGAACGUUACCUGGACUUCCUGCGCUUUGCAGUAUUUUGCAAUGGUGAGAGUGUUGAGGAGAACGCCUAUGUGGUAGUGAGGCUUCUGAUUCGCCGACCCGAGUGUUUUGGCCCCGCCCUUCGAGGGGAGGGGGGAAAUGGUCUCCUAGCAACUAUGGAGGAAGCUAUUCGAAUUUCCCAACUGCAGGAUGGAACCAGUGCAGCCAGUACACACAGUUCCAACCGGACACUUGACACGCUUGAUGAUGAAGAUGAUGAUGUCAUUCACAUGGGACACGCCAUAAUGACCUUCUACUCUGCUCUCAUUGAUCUGUUGGGUCGUUGCGCCCCUGAGACGCAUUUGACACAGAAAACUGAAUCCCACAGAAAACUGAAUCCCUCAAUGUUGCAAUCUCUGCUGCAUAAUCUUGUGUUUGACGUCCCUCAAUUAUCGGACAACUCCAAGAUGCCACUCAAGCUGUUGACCAAUCAUUAUGAGCAGAGCAGGAAGUACUACUGUCGGAAUGACAGAUGGAGUGGCUUUGGCUCCGCCUCAGAGGAAGAACUUUGUCUGACCAGAAGGCUGUUUUGGGAGAUAUUCAGUGCUCUUGCCAAAAAAUCUUACGAUGCAGACCUAUUCAAACUGGCCCUCAGUUGUCUCAGUGCAGUUGCUGGGGCGAUUCCUCCUGACCACCUUGACCCAAACUGCACAGGAGGACGAGAGAGACACUCAGUGAUGGAUUCAGAGAGACGAUUUUGUCCUCGACCCCUGGACACCUCAAAUGUGACAAUCCCAGAGGUGCUUGAGUUUGUGGUGAACAAAUACGCUGAACAUACCCAUGAGAAAUGGUCACUGGAAAAGUUUGGUAACGGUUGGGUUUAUGGAGAACAGUUUUCUGAGAGUGCUAAAGUUCAUCCACUCCUAAAACCUUAUAGAGCUCUAUCUGAAAAGGACAAAGAAGGUUAUCGAGGGGCCAUUAAAGAGACGGUGAAAUGCAUGCUGGUCUUGGGGUGGACAAUUGAGAGGACCAAUGACGGGGAGUCACAAGGCUUUCACAACCCAGCCAGGAGGAUCUCACAGUCUGGCAAGCUGUCUUUUGAAGGAGCCUCCACGUUCAGUCCAAAGCCUGUGGAUACCAGCAGUGUCUCUUUGACCUGGGAUCAGUAUGCCAUGGCAGAGCGGUUGGCUGAGAAUUACCAUCACAUCUGGGCAGCCAGGAAACUGCAGGAACUGGAGAGUAAAGGAGGGGGCAGUCAUCCUUUGCUUGUGCCGUAUGAUGCUCUGAGUGUUAAAGACAAGAGUCGAGUCAGAGACAAAGCUCAAGAUGUUCUCAAGUUCUUCCACAUCAAUGGGUACUCAGUGAGGAGGAACAGAAAGGUGGCAGAUGCUGAUUCCCCAGCAAUUGCAAGCCGUUUCGCUUACGGCUUGCUGCAGCAAGCCCUCUGUCUCACUGAGCAAGCCCAGGAGCAGUUGCUAGAGCUGGAGGUUGCCCAGGCUCGAGGGCAGAUGAACAGGGCUGAGAAAGUUCCCCAUGAACAGCAAAUUCAUUUCUUUAUUAAGGUUGUAUUGCCACUAUUAGAUCAAUACUUCAAAAGUCACUAUCUCUACUUCCUCUCCACUACAACAUGUUCACUUAGAGAUGGCUGCCAGUCCACCAAUAAAGAAAAAGAGAUGGCCACAAGUUUAUUCUGUAAACUCGGAGCUCUAGCCAGACGCAGAAUCUCUCUGUUUGGAAAUGAUGCCCUUGCUUUGGUGAGCUGCUUACAAAUCCUGGCACAGUCCCUGGAUGGAAGGAUGGUAAUGAAAACCACCAGCGAAUCCGUCAGGGUGUCGCUGUGGUCGUUCUUUGAAGCCGCGGCAGAAGAUCUCGAGCUAACGGUAGAAAACGCAACCUGGGAUGAGUACGGACAGAACCGAAUCCAGAGCAGAGGAGACAGCGAGGUCAUAACGUACACCACCACCGCCCUGAUCCCGGUGCUCACUGCUCUAUUCCAGCACGACUCCCAGAGGCAGCACAGAGGGGGACUGAUCGUGGAUGAAGUGCACUCCUGUUGCUACAGGAUCCUCAGCUGUCUAUACAUUCUUGGCACCUGCAGCGGUACAUUCAUUGAGAGGCAGAGGUCGGUCUUGGGGGAGUGUCUGGCUGCUUUAUCUGCAGCCUUUCCUGUGUGUUUCUUGGAGCUGAGUGACCUUCAUUCCCUCUCCGACACUAUGAGUGAUGAAGAGAGUGAAGCUGGGAAAGCCUGUAGGCUCCUCCCCACUUUGCAGGAGGCUUUCUCAGAAGUCGAAGAGCUCGCAGAGGCGGGAUCAGCGGCCCGUCAUGCCCUUUUAACAAAGGUUACUGAGGUGACACUUCCUCUGCUGUGUAGUUAUGUCUCUCGAUGGGGGGAAGCUGGGAACCAAGCUUUCCAGGAGGGCCACUUUUCUUCUGUCACACCCCAGCACGCUAAUGUGCUACUGAGUCACAUCCUCUCCAUCAUCCACGCCCAUCUGGGGACCGCAGACAGUGCUUGGAUGAAACGCCUUGCAGUAUUUAGCCAGCCUCUCAUCAGCAAGGCAGAACCUCACCUCCUAAAGAGCCACUUCUUGCCUCUGAUGGAAAAGUUGAGGAAGAGGGCGGAGUCAGUGUUGCUGGAGGAGGAGCAUUUGAAGACAGGGGGGCGUGGCGAUGUCUCAGAGCAGGAGUUAGACAUCCAGGAACGGUUUACUGUGUUGGUCCAAGAUAUCUACGCCUUUUAUCCUUUACUCAUUCCAUUUAUAGACCUUCACAGAGUGAGCUGGCUGAGAGAGGUGGACGCAGAUGCUGAGAAGCUUUUCUCCCUAGUAUCUAAAGUCUUCAUUUUUUGGGCCAAGUCUCAUAACUUCAAGUGGGAAGAACAAAACUUUGUUGUUCAAAAUGAAAUCAACAACAUGACAUUUCUGGUGAACAGCAGCAAAAGCACGAUGGAUAAGGGAGGGGUGUGCAACCAGCAGAGGAGAAAAGUGAAGAGGAAGGGUGAUUGUUACUCCGCACACACCUCUCUCAUUGUGGCGGCACCAAAAAAACUCCUCUCGGUUGCCAUGAAUGGAUGUUGCCAUGGCGAUCAGGGCCUGGUCACUCAAGCCAAAAGCCGUUUCUCUCAGAGGGACACAGAGGAUGAGGUCAGAGCGUACAUUCGCAGCACCCUGCAGCAGGAUCUGUGUGAAAACUCAAUAGAUCCCCUUAGUGUCGAAAGGAUCUUAAGUAUUGCUCGUGUUCUUUUCCAUCUGGAUCAGGUGGAGCGCCCUCAGAAGACGAAGAGGGCAGUGUGGCACAAGAUGUUGUCUAAGCAGAGGAAACGGGCUGUUGUUGCUUGUUUGAGAAUGGUUCCUUUUUACAAUCUCCCCAGGCACAGAGCGGUGAACCUUUUCCUGCAGGGUUAUGAGAGAGUUUGGCUGAAGGCAGAGCAUGACUCACCUGAGGACAGACUAAUUGAGGAUUUGGCUAAAGCAGCUCAUGCAGAGAUCCUGAAGGAGGGAGCCGAGCAGAGAAACAACAUUGAUCCACUCCGUCAGCUUAUCAAUCUAUUCAGUCAAAGUGCCUUGACUGAGAGGAGUAAACUUGCGGAGGAUGACCUGUAUAUGUGCUAUGCUGACAUCAUGGCCAAGAGUUGCCAAAGUGAGGAAGACCAGGAUGAAGAUGGCCUGAAGUCAUUUGAGGAAAAAGAGAUGGAAAAGCAGAGGCUGCUGUAUCAGCAGGCCAGACUUCAUGAACGCGGAGCUGCUGAGAUGGUCUUACAGAAUCUCAGCGCCAGCAGAGGUGAUAUGGGGCCUAUGGUAGCAGCCACAUUAAAGCUGGGCAUUGCAAUCCUGAAUGGAGGAAACACGUCUGUCCAGCAGAAAAUGCUGGAUUAUCUGCGACUGAAGAGAGACGUGGGCUUCUUUCACAGUCUGGCCGGCCUAAUGCAGUCUUGCAGCGUGCUGGAUUUGAACGCAUUUGAGAGGCAGAUCAAAGCAGAGAGUUUAGGAGUGGGUGCUGAGGACAAUUCAGGCGAUAGAGUGAUGGCAGAUGAACAGCUGACCUGUGAUCUUUUCCGAUUCCUCCAGCUUCUUUGUGAAGGCCAUAAUACUGAUUUCCAGAACUACCUGCGGACUCAAACUGGAAACAACACAACAGUCAACAUCAUCAUCUCCACCGUGGACUAUCUGCUCAGGGUCCAGGAGUCCAUCAGCGAUUUCUACUGGUAUUAUUCAGGGAAGGAUGUGAUCGAUGAGCGUGGCCAGCACAACUUCUCCAAAGCCAUCAACGUGGCCAAGCAAGUGUUCAACACACUCACUGAAUACAUUCAGGGUCCGUGUACAGGCAACCAGCAGAGUUUGGCCCACAGUCGUCUGUGGGAUGCUGUAGUUGGCUUCCUCCAUGUGUUUGCCCAUAUGCAAAUGAAGCUUUCUCAGGAUUCUAGACAAAUAGAGCUGCUGAAGACUUUGAUGGACUUACAAAAAGACAUGGUGGUAAUGCUGCUUUCCAUGCUUGAAGGAAAUGUAGUGAAUGGGACCAUUGGCAAACAGAUGGUAGAUAUGCUAGUAGAAUCAUCCAGCAAUGUGGAGAUGAUCCUCAAGUUCUUUGACAUGUUCCUCAAACUCAAAGACCUCACAUCGUCUGAAGCCUUUCACGAAUAUGAUCCAGACGGCAGAGGACUCAUUACCAAGAAGGACUUCCAUCGAGCUAUGGAAGGGUUCAAGCGCUACUCUCAAUCAGAGAUCGAGUUCUUGUUAUCCUGUGUGGAGACGGCAGAAAGUGAUCUUCUGGAUUACCCAGACUUUGUGACACGAUUUCAUGAACCAGCCAAAGAUAUCGGCUUUAACGUGGCUGUUCUUCUAACCAAUCUGUCUGAGCACAUGCCUAAUGAUGGGCGCUUGCAUAAUUUCCUAGAGCUGGCCGAGAGUGUGCUUAAGUAUUUCCAUCCUCACCUGGGAAGGAUCGAAAUCCUGGGCAGCGGGAAACGGAUCGAAAGGGUCUACUUUGAGAUUAGCGAAUCCAGCCGCACACAGUGGGAGAAACCACAGGUGAAGGAGAGCAAACGGCAGUUCAUCUUUGAUGUUGUGAAUAAGGGAGGAGAGAAGGAAAAGAUGGAGCUAUUUGUCAACUUCUGUGAAGACACCAUCUUUGAAAUGCAGCUUGCUGCACAAAUAUCUGGUUCAGAGAGUGCGGAGGAACUGAAAGCGAAAGAUGACAAGGAGGAGAAAGACAAGGUGGAGAAAAAUGAAAACCUUGCUGAAGACAACAGGAUGACCUUUUCCAUAAUGAACAUCAGAAAACACUUAAAGAGGAUAACCAUCAGAAGUAUCAUCUUAGCGAUCUUCUCAUUCUUCCACAAUGUUCUGUUGUUUAUCACUCAUGCCUUUUUAGGUCUGGUUUGGUUCUGCCUUUAUCUGCUCUACCACAUCUUCUUGAGUGGAUGGAUUAUUGACGUGGCUAAAGAGGUGAAACUGGCCGACCUUUUAGGUGACUUCCGGGAUCCUACCAUGGUUGAGACCAUUGGGUUCGGAGAAAGAGCGGUCAGAGAGAAUAAUAUGUGUCAUACACGUGCCUUUUCUUCUUGCGGUAGCCUUAGAGGCAUGAGUCUGGAUCUGUCCGCGGUGUCCAGGGACCCCCAGCUUCUCACAGAUAUUUUCGGCUUGUGUUUGAAGAAGGAAGGAGGAAAGUACACACUGUCGAGCAGAGACCAACAUGCCAGUCUGGAUGAAUUUCUAAACACGUCCAAAUAUCAGGUAGAAAUCUGUGAGGAGGAUUUUCAUGAGGCACAAGAGGAGGAGGAUUCAGUGACUAAGACGGCUUUUGAUGAGGAUAAACAUAAAGGGGAAAAGAAGCCUAAAAGGAGAGUUAGAAAGCUCAGCUCUUCAAAACCAGAUGAAAAUGAAAUCCAGGAAUCAGCUGUUUGGAAAACAAUCUGCUCUCAGAAGACCAAACUGCUGAACUGUUUUGCAAGAAAUUUCUACAACAUGAGAUUGUUGGCUCUGUUUCUUACCUUUGCCAUCAAUUUUAUUCUUCUGUUCUACAAGGUUUCAUCGACCAUUGAUGACAAUGGGCAUGUCGAAAUCACUUUUCCUGACGACAGCACUGAGGGUUCACAGGAAGUUUAUUUUGAGCUAGAAGAGAACAGUGGCUACAUGAAAAUGAUUCUUCACAGCCUGGCUGUCCUGCACACACUCAUCUCACUCGGAUGCAUCAUCGGCUACUACUGUCUGAAGGUUCCUUUAGUCAUUUUUAAACGAGAAAAGGAGCUGGCUCGUAAACUGGAGUUUGAUGGACUCUACAUCACAGAGCAACCUUCUGAAGAUGACAUUAAAGGCCAGUGGGACAGAAUGGUCAUCAAUACACCAUCAUACCCAAGUAAUUAUUGGGAUAAAUUUGUGAAAAGAAAGGUGAUGGCGAAAUAUGGAGAGCUGUAUGGAUCGGCACGCGUCAGUGAGCUGCUGGGUUUGGAUAAAGCUGCUCUGGACUUCAGCUCGGAGGCUCAGGAGUGCAAGAGACCCGUACAAAAGGUUGCCCUCUUCAGAUUAAACACCAUUGAUGUGAAGUAUCAGAUAUGGAAGCUGGGAGUGGUUUUCACCGACAAUUCCUUCCUUUACCUGGCAUGGUAUAUGUUUGUGUCAGUUCUGGGUCAUUAUAACAAUUUCUUCUUCGCUGCCCACCUGCUAGACAUCGCCAUGGGCUUCAAAACACUGCGCACCAUACUGUCAUCUGUUACACAUAAUGGCAAACAGCUGGUUUUGACAGUGGGACUGUUGGCUGUGGUUGUCUAUCUCUACACUGUGGUUGCCUUUAACUUCUUCCGUAAAUUUUACAACAAAAGCGAAGAUGGCGAACCAGUGGACAUGAAAUGUGAUGAUAUGCUCACAUGUUACAUGUUCCACAUGUACGUUGGUGUGCGAGCCGGAGGAGGGAUUGGAGAUGAAAUCGAAGACCCGGCUGGUGACGAGUUUGAGUUCUACCGCAUCAUCUUCGACAUCACUUUCUUCUUUUUCGUCAUUGUCAUCCUUCUUGCCAUCAUUCAGGGUCUGAUCAUUGAUGCGUUUGGCGAGUUGAGAGACCAGCAGGAGCAGGUUAAAGAGGACAUGGAGACUAAGUGUUUUAUCUGUGGCAUUGGGAGCGAGUAUUUUGAUACGGUGCCCCAUGGCUUCGAGUCGCACUCCUUGCAAGAGCACAACCUGGCCAACUAUCUGUUCUUUCUGAUGUAUCUCAUCAAUAAGGAUGUCACAGAACACACUGGACAGGAGUCAUAUGUGUGGAAGAUGUUUCAAGAACGCUGCUGGGAGUUCUUUCCUGUUGGAGACUGUUUCCGUAAACAGUAUGAGGAUCAGCUCAGCUGAAGUGUUCCAGUUGAAUUUAUAUACUUCAUUUGGUAAAUACUUAUGAAGUAUCUCUGUAAUGUUCCUCUGAUAAGCUGCUGUGUGACUGAGUACUGUUUUGAGUGUUUGUUAGGAGCUUCAAAUUUAUUCCACACUACAUAUUUAUUUUAGUAUAUUUUAUAGUUGAAUUAAUAGAGUUGGUGCUGCACUUUUUGGGCACAUGGGAGUGCAGUUUUAUCUAAACUGUCACUUUGGUAUGGAAGCACGUUUCUGCCACUAAAUAAAAAAUAAAAGGUUAUUACGACUUUUUAUCUCACAGUUCUGAUGUUUUUUCUCACAAUUCUGACUUAAACUUAAUUUCUAAACUCACAAUUGCGAGAAAUGCAAGAUAAAACUUCCAAUUCAGACUUUUUUUCCCUGACAAAUGCAAGUUUGUAUCUUGGAAUUGUGAUUUUAUAGCUUCAUUUCUGAGAAUUGUGAAAAUUUAUUUCAUAACUCUGACUUUAUAACUCCCAGUUGCAAGUUUAUAUCUCAAUUCUGAGAAAAAAAAAGUCAGAAAUGAAAGAUAUAAACUUGCAAUUGCGAGUUAUGAAGUCAGAUUUGGAGAUAUAAACUCACAAUUCAGACUUUUUUCUCAGAAUUCCAUGAUAUAAACUCAAAAUUGCAAGAAAUCAAGUCAGAAUUGCAAGAAAACUUUUUCUUGCAAAUGUGAGUUUGUAUCUCACAAUUCUGACUUUUUGCUUGCAAUUCUGAUUUUUUUCUCAGAAUUGUGACAUAGGAACUCGCAAUUGCAAGUUAUAAGUUAUAAAGUCAGAACUGCGACAUAUAAACUCAAAAUUGCAAGAAAUAAAAACAGAAUUGCGAGAUGUGUUUGAUGACUUCAUUUCUUGGAAUUACAAACUUUUAUCUCACAAUUCUUUAUAACUCAAAAUUGCGAGUUUAUAACUCAUUUCAUAGAAAAAAGUCAGAAAUGCAAGAUAUAAACUCGCAAUUGCAAGUUAUUAAGACUUCAUGAAGUUCAAGGCAAGGUAACUUUUAUCAGUUCUGAGAAAAAUGGUAAGAAUUGCAAAUUUUGUAUUAAGCAAUUCUGAGAAAAAAAACAUCAGAAAUGCAAAAAAGACAAAAAACUAAAAAAAAAAAAGAAAUGCGAGAUGUAAACUCACAAUUGCAAGGAAAAAAGUCAGAAUUUUGAGCAAUUACCUUCUUUUUUUCUUUUUUUCUUUUUUUUACAUUUUUUAUUCAGUGGGCUUCCAAUACUUUGGAUUAAAUGCAAGUAGUGUAAAUUAAAAUGUGCCUUUUUUUUAGCUUGAAACUUUACAGAACCUAUAUCAAUGUUCACAGUUAAAUAUUUCUAAAUUACUACAGUUUUACAUUUUUGUUACAAAAAAUGAGUGGUGCUUACUCGUGUAUUAAUAUAUCAUUCAUGUCUGUAGCACAAACAGUGCAGGACGAUUAGUUUAAUAAAUUUUUUUUUAGCUCCUCCAAGAUCUUUGGUUUCUGAUAUUAAUAAUUUAUGGAGAAUCUCACUCAGUUGCACUUCAUUUAUUUUCUUGGUCAGUAAUCUUGUUUUCCAGUAAAGAGUAUUUAUCUGAAUCCCUUCAGUUACUUUAAGUAUAUUUAUUUGUUAGCCUCUUAUUAUACCAAUCUUUUUUCCUAUCUCUUUC